GGCGUGGCGGCGCCCACUCUGUGCUUGGUGAUGGCUGGCGGCGGCUGCAGCCGGUUGUCUGGCAUCUUGCAGGGAAUCCUCUUGGCUUUUGUGGGACUCGGAGUAUGGGAUGUGUUGUUCGUGUACGAAGAAAACAAGUGCAGCAUGACCUACAUGUUCGAGUACCCAGAAUAUCUUAAAAUAAAGCUUCCAAAGAAACUUUCCAGUCACUACCCAAGUUAUGGCCUCUAUCGUUAUAAGGAGAAAAAUUCAGCUGAAACACGUAAGGAACUAAAAGCCACAGGAAUCCCUGUACUGUUUCUACCUGGAAAUGCUGGGAGUUACAAACAAGUUCGUUCGCUGGGCUCUGUUGCAUUGAGGAAAGCUGAGAAUAUACACAAUAAGUUCCACUUUGAUUUUUACAGCAUUGAUUUUAAUGAGGAGCUUGUGGCACUCUACGGUGGAAGCCUUGAAAAACAAACUGAGUUUGUGCAUGCAUGUAUAAAGGUCAUUCUUAAAAGUUACAAGGGUCAAAAAGGCGCACCCAGCAAUGUUGCAAUUGUGGGCCAUUCAAUGGGUGGCAUUGUCGCGAGAGCACUAUUCACUUUACCCAACUUUAAAUCUACACUGAUCAGUCUUAUUAUAACUCAAGCUACACCUCAUGUUGCACCAGUCCUAAUACUGGACAGCUACCUCAUAGACUUUUACACCACUGUGAACAAUCACUGGAUUCUCAAUGAAGAAACGUUGAGAAACAUUACCAUCCUCUCAAUGGGAGGCGGUUUCCGAGAUUAUCAAGUCCGCUCUGGUCUGACCAUUGUACCAAGCCUCGGCCUUUACAACAAUACUCUAAAUGUUGUGACGUCGGCGGUCCCAAGAGCAUGGGUCUCAACUGAUCAUCUCUGCAUAGUUUGGUGCAAAGAGCUGGUACUAGCCACUGUUAGAGCCUUUUUUGAUCUUGUUGAUCAUAAUACUAAUCAGAUAACAAUGGAUCUAAAGAAGAUAAUGACAGUCCUUCACCAUCAUUUUGUCACCUAUUCAGAAAAAGAUUCUGAAGAUAAUCCAGAGACUUCUGUCUCAUUUCCAGGUUCAGCUGCAACGUGGAGUGAAAUUAAUACAUACGAAUGGACUUACAACUCUCCGCAGUUUUCAGCACGGUUACCCAAAGCUUCAUAUUUUAUUUUACCACUUCCAAGUGAGGAGGAACUUUACAGUAACUUAUAUUGCCGAACCACCAAUCUGGAAUCAAGUGACUGGAUCUAUGGCUGUACCUUGAUUAACCAAUCAGUUUGUGCUGGGAAAGCGAACCCUUUUCCUUUUUAUGCUCUCAGUGAUCGUUUGAAAUACUUCACUGUUAGCCAAGAAGGCAUUGAUCUGACUGGAGAGGCAGAAUUGCUGAAAAUGUACAAGAUCGUGAACUUCAAUGUGGAAAAGUACAGUUCAUUCUCCCAUUUUGUCAUUCACGUGUCUAAGGCUCGUGUUAAUAAACAGUUCAGAAUGGAAUGUGAAUACCUGACAGUAAAAUCUAGAACGAUGUCUACCCCAAUUACAAAUGUCCUGUCAUUCGGUGCCACUGUUCACAGAGUUUUAAUCAACUCAACAGGACUGAUACAUUAUGUCCAGCUUCAGGACUUCAAUGAGAUAUAUCAGGCUUUUGAAAUCCAUGUUGAAAGUCAAUGCCAGUCUUUGCAUGGGAAGAGAGCAGAUGUAUACAGGUUUCAUGUACCAUGGUCCCAUGAAGAUUCCGUUGUGACAACAAGUGUUCCAUCUUCCACUGUGAUCUAUGCCAAACUGCACAGAGCGAGGCCUGAGAAUGAUAGCUCUGUACCAGAGUUACAGCUUCACACAACCAGAAAUUGUCAAUAUGAGAUAACUAUCAGGACAUCUUUCUGUCAAGUUCUUGGGCAGCUGUUCAGAUUCCAUGGUGUUUACUUGCCCACAUAUGUUGUUGCAAACAUAUUAUUAGUAUUUGGAAGGCAAUUAAUCCAUCUUCAUAAUGAAGGUAAUUGUUUGGACUUCACCAUUGCCUUACAUGCAGCAGCAAAACCGUACAAAGUUAUUCCAUUUGUCAAUCUUGCUGCAUUUUUGUUAAGAUAUGAAUGGUUUCAGGAUGUAUGGUCUAUUCUUAUGUUACCUGAAAUUGACAUCCUUAUUUUAAAUGAACAAGGAAUCUCCUCCUCAGCUAUUUCGAUUCUCCUCUUCGUAUUUGGCACAGCGAUUGUCCACUGGAGUGGAAUCUUCUUUAGCUUAUUACUUAAACAACUUUCUUCCUUGUGGUCACUAUUUCAGAGGCCAUCAGUUGUUAAAAAAGAAAAUGGGCUGAUAAGUCUUCAGAGUUCUUGUGUUGUGAUUUUCUUCAUCAUUAUAAUCUGGACGACCUGUGGUGCUGUUGCUCUCAUAUUUGGUUACUUCCUCUAUCUUUUAAAGGUCAUAAGCCUUCAAGCCUCAGUACAAGCGAUGAAAGGCAUUCUUAAUUUGGCGCCACGAGUGGAAACUGUGGAAAAUAUUCCAACGUCUUCCAGUGUAAAGGAAGAGGAAGGAGAAGGGGAAGAGGAAGACACAUCUGGAACGGCUAGCGAUUCCCCAGAAGAAUCAGAUCAGCUGAACCUAGAGUGUCCAAAUUGGCUCUCACUUUCAGAUGUUGAUGAUGCAGUGGACACUCUAAAGAUUUAUAUUACAAUCCUGCAUCUAUUGAACUGGAUGAUGCUAUUUAGUGCACCAUCAUUUAUUUACUGGUUGAAAAAUCUCAGGUAUGCCAGAAGACUCAACCCUGACCCUUGCGAUAUUGUUGCAACCAUCCUUGUAUUAACGAUGGGGAUUCUCAUUAAUUCACAUUCAACGUCUGUUAAGAGAAGUAAGCUACUGAAAUAUACAGCAAGAAUACAGCUCAUCUUGGUCAUUGCCAUGGCAGCCUUUGGACUAGUACACUUGUACAGGAUUCCUUACUUUAUUACCUUUUCACUGGCGUUAUAUGCACUUUGUUGUCUGAUAUAAAUGACUUUGCAACAUAA